GCUCCCGUCUCUCUCGCCGGGUUUCGGUCUUUAGGGCUGAGCAGGAAGUGGCUCACUGUGGACCCUGGACGAUAGGAAAAGGCUACAGGAAAUAAAAAAAUGGACAUGGUGGCGGAUGUAGGGGCGAAUCGGCUCUAUCGGGCGUCGGGUGAAUCCAACCACCAGCAGCCUCAGAGAUGGUUCAACACGGCCGACAUCACGGUGGCUCACCAGACCAGCCUGCUGAAGCAGCUCAACCAGCAGAGGCGUCAGGAGCUCUUCUGUGACUGCAGUGUGCUGGUGGAGGGCCACCUCUUCAGGGCCCACCGCAACGUCUUGUUCGCCAGCAGCGGCUACUUCCGCAUGUUGCUCUCCCAGGGGCCCGAUGGCAUGUCAGAGUCUGUGAACGCCACGUUUGAUGUUUUCAGCCCUGAGACGUUCACUGUCAUCCUGGAUUUCAUUUACUCAGGCCAGCUGGACCUCUCCAGUCACAACGUGAUUGAGGUGAUGUCUGCAGCCAGUUACCUGCAGAUGAACAAUGUCAUCAACUACUGCAAGAAUUUCAUAAAAUCCUCUCUAGACAUCAGUGCAAAAGAUGAAGACAGCGAUCGCUGCCACAGCUUGUCAGAGACAUGCAGCUUUACCAGUGGAGCUGGAGAGGAGACAGGAGAGCAGCAGCAGCAGAAUGCAGACCCUCGUUCUGUCAGUCCACCACCAGCACUUUGGACCAGGGACAGCUCCAGAUCCCAUUCUAGCUACAUCGGGAAGGACUUGGAGCAAGACAUUUCAGCAUUGAAGACUAACCCUAACAGUCCUGCCAAUGAGCUCAACACAGACAUAGAGGACCCACAGGACCCUUUGUACACUUUGCCAGUGUCUGAGCGGCGGCGUUCCAGAGGUGCGAAUAAGAGGAAGGCGGCCAACAACACCCGCUCGAACCAGAAUGAAGACCUGGACAUCCAGGAGGCGAGGACACAAAAGGCAGAGAAGGCCGAGGAGCUUUACAACAAUUUGCCACCUAUUGUGGGUGUUAUAGGACACUUUAACAAAGAGUCCAACCCCAUAAUGCGCUUCAAAUGCCCCUUCUGCACACACACGGUGAAGAGGAAGGCAGACCUGAAGCGUCACUUGCGCUGUCACACGGGCGAGAGGCCGUAUCCCUGCCAGGCCUGCAAUAAGCGCUUCACACGCCUGGAGCACCUACGCAGCCACUUUGAGACAAUUCAUCAAGCCAGGAAACUGGUGUGCAGAAAGUGUAAGUGUCCGGUGACGGAAGAGACAGGGCACGUGGUGUGUGAGGGCACAAGGCGCUUCCGCAUGUGCGCCACAUGCAUCCAGGAAGUGGGCUGCGACAGUAUGCCCAUGGACACUCUGGAGGGAACCAACGAGGAGCCGGCUCUGUUAUUGGGCGUGGACGGCGAGGAGGAGGAGAGUAACAGGGCCUGGAUGGCUACAGAUGACGACGACCUGGCAGAGGACUCGGGGGCCGACCUCAUCAUUCAACAAGUGGAUGACAGCGAUGAGGAGCUGCAGUGAUAUUGGACCAAAGUGUGUGUGUGUUUGCUUUAGAGUGUGUGUGCAGAGGCAUGUGCAAAUAUUGACUGUGGGUGAGCAUGUUCAAGCCAUACCUGAGAAUGUAUGCUUCAAAUAUGUCAUCUCUUGAUGUAAAUAUAUACCUUUAUCAUACAGUAUGCAUUCACUAUUAUCUUGUCAGCUUAAUAACUGGCUGAUCACUAAUUUAAAAGAGAUUUUUUGUACUUUUGUGACAAGCUCCUUUGUUAAGUCUUAUCAUGUAUAUGCAGUAUCCAAAGCAUGCAUACCAAGUUUUUUUUUGUUGCUUUGUGUAAGUGUUAUAAUAUGAUGUCAUUUUUUUUUAUAAUGGGAACCUUUUUGCUUUUUUAUCAGUCAGCUUUGGUGAAAGUUGGCACUUGAGCAAGACAAAACAAGAAGGAAUGAAUAAUGGAGGACUGAAUGAUUUUCUGUUUCUACCCAUGUCUUGCUUGUUUUGUUCACUUAAAUAUGCACUAUGAUGUAUAACCAAUUAUAAUUUAUUUCCUUUUUUACUUUUAAACACAUUAAAGAUAUUUUUCUAGACUUCAAUGAGUAGAAAUGUCAUCCUGAAUCAACAAAAAAGACCUUAAUCCAGGU